GACUACUUUUAAGUAGAAAGUCUGGUGGCUGCUUUUAACCUCUGGGCUCCAUCACACAAACAAGUCGGUUUGCUUUCUGUGAGUUUAACCAGAACUACACCUCUUCUGCUGCUGCUGCUGCCGCCGCUGCUGCAUCUCUCUCCGCGGCUGGUAUCGUCACAGACAGACAGUGCCUGUCCAACCCUCUCCACCUCCACCUCCACCCCCCCUCCUCUUUACCCCUGCGGUGGUGGAGUCCGCCUGUAGUCCGCAUCCGGGUCGGACGAGAAAGCCAGAAGCGCGGCGCUCCACUCGAGCGAACUCUUUUACCCAGAAGCCCCCGCGACGCCUCAACUUACAGAACUGGCUUCUUGGGCUCCGGGAGUGUUUCCCAUUUAAACAAACAGUGCCGAAGAUGGCGGAGAGUUAACGGUGUAAAGAAGAAAUUAUCGAUCCGGCAGAGCGAUACGUCCACAAGACUCCAUUGACCAACCCCGAUAUUGGACUGCACCCCCAGAGUGCGGGGAGGGGGGAUCUGAUCGUCCAUCAUCUCGGCGCCGUCACAAGGUGCUGAUAUGUGUGCACGAUGAGCGGACUGGGGGAGAACUCCAUGGAGCCUCUGAGCUCAGAAAACCGGAAACGCAAGCUCUCCACUUGCGACACGCCUGGUCUGGGUUGUGACAGGAAGCGACGGGAGCAGGAGAGCAAGUACAUCGAGGAGCUAGCCGAGCUGAUCUCCGCCAACCUCAGCGACAUCGACAGCUUCAACGUCAAACCAGACAAGUGCGCCAUCCUCAAGGAGACGGUGCGCCAGAUCCGCCAGAUCAAAGAGCAGGGAAAAGCUUCCUCCAACGACGACGACGUCCAGAAGUCAGACGUGUCCUCGACAGGUCAGGGGGUCAUCGACAAGGACCACCUGGGGCCGCUCCUGCUGCAGGCUCUGGACGGCUUCCUGUUUGUGGUGAACCGGGAGGGCAGCAUCGUGUUCGUGUCGGACAACGUGACGCAGUACCUGCAGUACAAACAGGAGGAGCUCAUAAACACCAGCGUGUACAAUAUUCUCCAUGAGGACGACAAGGAGGAGUUCCACAAGAACCUGCCCAAAACCAACAUAAAUGGAGUGUCGUGGGGAAGCGAGGCAGCCCGACAGAAGAGUCACACGUUCACUUGCCGGAUGCUGGUCAAGUUCGGCCACGCCCACGGCCCCAUGGAGGAGGGGCCAGGAGGGCCACGCUAUGAGACCAUGCAGUGUUUUGCUCUCACACAGCCCAAGGCCAUGAUCGAGGAGGGGGAAGACCUUCAAUCAUGUAUGAUCUGUGUGGCCCGACGGGUGACAGCCAUGGAAAGAACGGAGAGUUUCAACACACGGCAUGAGCUCUCAGGUAAACUGAUCCAGAUCGACCAGAAUUCUCUGCGAGCAUCGAUGCGUCCUGGCUGGGAGGAUUUGUUGAGGCGUUGCAUUCAGAUGUUCCUUCAGCACAGUGAUGGGCAGCCGUGGUCGCACAAACGCCACUACCAUGAGGCCUUUCUGCAGGGUCAUGCUGAGACACCCUUGUACCGCUUCUCCCUGUCCGACGGCACUCCAGUCACGGCGCAGACCAAGAGCAAACUCUACCGACACCCCAUGAGCAACGAGCCGCAAGGCUUCAUCUCCACUCACCUAUUACAGAGAGAACCAAAUGGAUACCGCUCAAAUCAAGGUGGAGGCAUGAUGCCCAACACGAUGAGACAACAGGGCAUGGGAGGCCCUAACCCAAAUGCCCAGAUGAACAUGAACACCGGUGGGGGGAUGGGGAUGGGGGGCAUGGGCAGCAUGAACAGGAGCUUUGGGAUGAACGAGCAAGGCCACAUGGGUCACAUGGGCCCAAUGGGAGGUGGCUCUAUGUACGGAGGGAGCGGCGGAGGAGGAAGUGGAGGUGGAGGCAUGGGCAACCGCAUGAUGCAGAUGAAUCAGAUGGGGCAGAUGAAUCAGGUGGGGCACAUGAACCAGAUGAAUCAGAUAGGUCCCAUGAAUCACCCGGGACAAGGCAUGCAGCAGCAUCCACAGCAGCCCCCGUUUCAGAGCAGUGGAGGGUUUGGGCUGAGCGGCAUGAACAGCCCGUCGGGAAGUCCCAGAAUGGGCGGCCCCCAGCAGGGACUCCUGAUGUCGCCUCGGAACCGAGGGAGCCCAAAGAUGGGCAACAACCAGUUCUCACCUGGAGGCAUCCAUUCUCCCAUGAGUGGCAUUGUCAGUGGUGGAGGAAGUGGCGGGAGCACCACCACCUUCUCCAGCAGCUCACUCAACGCCCUGCAAGCGAUCAGUGAAGGAGUCGGGAGCUCCCUCCCCUCAACCCUGACUUCUCCCACGCCGGCCCUUAAACCAGACAGCUCUCCCAGCAUCCACUCCUCCUCGUCCUCCUCUCAACCCAAUCAGCCGGCCAAACCAGGCCAAGAUGGCUCCAAAAGCCCAGUGGGAGGUUUAGGGCCUGGGCCCAGCGACCAUCACCACCCCAUGCACCAUCACCACCAUCAUCAGCAUCCUCAGACUGAGAGCUCUGUUGACCGACCAGACAGCCAGGCAGCUACAGCGACAAAGGAAUCUGGAGAGGGAGGCAAUGAGGCGGGAGUGGCAAGCUCUGAGCCCCCCCGCAGGGUACCAGACAGUAAGGGGCAUAAGAAGCUGCUGCAGUUGCUGACCUCCCCAACUGAGGAGCUGGGAAUAGGUGGCAGUGGGCCAACAGGGCCCCCUGUACCACCGCCUCCGACCAGCAGCAGCACUCCUGCAGGCUCAGACAGUAAGGACCCCACUGGAGGCAUGACUAGCCCCUCGUCUACUGGGGUCUCCUCCUCUUCUUCAGCCAGUGCCAACACAGGCCAGGCGACUGGGCCAGGAGGCGUGUCAACAUCACAAUCGUCAGCGCACUAUACAGGCUCACUGCAAGAAAAGCAUAAGAUCCUUCACAAGCUUCUUCAAAACGGCAACACCCCAGAUGAAGUAGCCAAGAUCACAGCAGAAGCUACGGGGAAGGUGUCGCUGGGCGGCCAGGAGGGCAGUGAGGCUGGAACAGGUGGAUCAGGGACUGGGACGGGGCCUGGGUUGACUGAGCCCAAGCAGGAGCAACAUAGCCCCAAGAAGGAGAAGACCCACGCCCUCCUCCACUACCUCCUCAACAAGGAUGAUUCCAAAGAGCCGGCAGAUGUCAAGCCUAAACUUGAAGAGCUAGACGGGAAGGGAGCCCCGGGGGCCGCUGGCGGCCCUGCUCGGGGUGGCCCUGGAUCUGGACCCGGCCCUGCACCAGAACAUUCUGAGAGCAAGAUCAAGUCAGAGCCACCUGAUGAUUUGCACAACCUAGAGUCCAUACUUGGGGACUUGAGGGGUUCAAGCUCUGACUUUUACCCGGAUCAGGCUGGAGGUGGGGGGGCUAACGACACAGGAAACAAACCCCAGGGUUGCAUUGACGACGGUCUGCAGGGGAGUCCAGGAAUGGGUCCGGGGCCUCGAGGGCCCUUCCAGAGGGCCAUGUCCAUAGAUGGGAAGCCCCCAGGUGGGCCCGGAGGAGCAGGCAGACGCCCCAUGCUCAUCAAGCAGGAGAACAUGAUGGGCAGCCCAGACAGCUACCCAGGAAACAUGGGACCAAUGAAUAGGGGUAUGGUUCCCCAGAGGUCUCCCAUGGGGGGGUCAGGGGACUGGGGAAUGCCCCGCUCCAGUGCCAGCCCAGUGGGCUCAGCAGGGCACCCCUCUAUGAUGCGCACAGGCAUGGAGUACAACAGUAGUAAGGGCAUGAUGUCUGGACCGAUGGUCAGCCGCUCCAACAGCGUUCCAGGCAGCAGGUCUAUGUUGCAGCAACAGCUCAUGGAAAUGGGAGGCUCUGCUGACAUGGGCAUGGGAAUGAGCCCCUUCAGCCAGCAGGGCCAGGCCAACCAGUCUCCCUCCUGGCCGGACUCCAUGAUGAGCAUGGAGGGUAACAGACGCCAGUUCGGCAACACCUUAGAUGACCUCCUGGUGCCUCCCACCACUACUGAGGGUCAGAGCGAUGAGCGGGCACUCCUGGACCAGCUAGACUCUCUGCUGAAUAACACGGACGGCAUCGCUCUGGAGGAGAUCGAUCGAGCACUCGGCAUCCCAGACCUGGUCAGCCAGACCCAGGGAGCUGAGCAGCCGAUGGAGCCCUUUCCAGGCCAGGACCCAUCCAUGGUGCUGGACCAGAAGCCUCUCUAUGGACAGGGAUAUCCCGGACCCCCCACCAUGCCUAUGCAGUCUGGCUAUGGAGGGAAUCCCAUGCAGGGACAGGCCCAGCAGGGAGGGUUUGGACCCAUGCUCUCUCAGAUGGGCCAAGGUGGCAGCUUCCCCGGUAUGGGUGGGAUGGGCGGCAUGGGACACCCGCGGGCCAACAUGAUCAGACCCAGGAUGAUGACCGCCAACAAGCCCAUGAGGCUCCAGCUGCAGCAGAGGCUGCAGGGACAGCAGUUCAUGAAUCAGACGCGGCAGGGCAUGGGGAUGAAGAUGGAGAACCCGGGAGGCAACCCUGGCAUGAGGCCCGGCAUGCAGCCUAGCAUGGGAGGACAGCCGGGCUUCAUCAACGCUCAGAUGAUGGCUCAGCGCAGCAGAGAGAUGGUCACCAUGCAGAUGAGGAGGCAGCGCAUGAUGAUGCUGAUGCAGCAGCAACAGCAGCAGCAGGCAGCAGCAGCCGCUGCUGCAGCAGCAGGAGGCUUCAGUCCUCCUCCAAACGUCACAGCUCCCGGUGGCAUGGACAACCCCAUGGGGGGGCCAAGCAUGGGCCAGCCGGGCCCCCAGCAGUUUGGCUAUGGUGGGAACUACGGGAUGGGCCAGCAGGGAGACCCCUCAUUUGGCCCAUCAGGCGGUAGUCCUCCCAACGCCAUGAUGCCCAGCCGCCUGGGACCUCAAAACCCCAUGAUGCAACAGCACCCGCAGGGCGGUCCCAUGUACCAGGGCGCUGAAAUGAAAGGCUGGUCGCAGGGAGGCAUGGGACGCAACAGUUCGUACCCUCAGCAGCAGUUCGGGCAGCAGGGACCACCGGGGCAGCAGCAGUUUGGGCAACAGGGAAACCCAGGCCAGUACGGGGGCAUGAUGAUGAAUGGGGGCAUGCCAGCCGGUGGAGGAGGAGGUCACAUGGGUCAGAUGGGAGGGCAGAUGGGUAUGAACCCAAUGGUCAUGGGACGCAUUCCUAUGGGUCCUGAUCAGAAAUACUGCUGAGCGUCAGGACGGAAGCUUUUGUCUCACUGUGAUCUCCAUCCAGAGACAGGACAUGGCUGCAGCACUGGAGUGUGUGGAGGAUGAAGCGGUGUGUGUGUGGGUGUGUGAGUGUUUUUGUCAGUGUGUGUAGUGCUGCACUCCCACCAGACGGGGGAGUGAACUUGCUGCCAGUAACAUUAGUCUGGCUACAUGGAGGAGAAACAGUCAGACUGUCACACGAGAAUCAGAAACACUGUGACACAUUUACACUCAUUUACAAUCUGGAGACGGUUCGGACAGAUGUGCGAUCCCUCCCGUAAUUUUACUAUCCCUCUCUCUCUUUACGAGUGGUGUGUGUGCGCCUCGGUGAGCACACACCCACUCGCUGGACCAAACAGUGAAGGUGGACGGACCCUUGACAUCUCCUCCUUCGUCGAAUGUACCAUGAAGCUGUGUUCAGAUGUAAAAAUGUGGGGAUUCCUCUCUCGUUUCUGAACUCCGAACUGGGAUCUUUUUUCUCUCCUCCUCUGGCCUCUCCGCUGCUCCUGAAGGAUCUCUGCGACGCUGAAGCAAAAACACAGUUCUCGAUUGACGAGCCAUCAGAUUGUGACACUCACAUGAAUGUCAUUAAGCAGUAGCACAUUUGUUUCGUCGUCCAGGAAGUACGACUGAAGUACUCGUUGGCUGAUUGCACUUUAAGGAAAGGCCAACAUCAAAAAGGAUUGUGGCAAUAUAGAGGCCUUUACCCAAGAAUUAAUGAAUAGCAGCAGACAUUUACUGUUUUAUUUUUGUGUGUGUGUUCUCCGACUUUUUUCCUCUCCGAGCAACUGAGGGCUGUUGAUUGGAAAUGGGUGACCUCGGUGGUCUUUGUUCUCGAGUGGGAACCAGUAGAAAGGCUGUAAGCACAGGUUUUAUCCAACACUCUUCUACAGUGAACCAAUUUAUUACCACAGAGGAAAAUGAAACCAUUUUGGACUUCUAUUAAUGAUCAGAACUCCACUUAUAUUUAUACAAUUUCCAGAUCGUUUUAUCAUUCCAGAGGUAAUUUUUAGAUUCCAAGUGUUGCAGAUAUUUUGGUUACAUCGUGCCAAUUCACAGUGUUAACGACGAGUGCAGAGAUGAAAUUGAUUGCCAAUUAUAAGAUUAUGUCUAUAUGAGCUCACGCUGUGCAAGAAAAGUGAAGCAUAUGUUCAGAUUUCCAGUGUGCAGAAUUUUUCGAGCAAUAAUCCUUCCUCCUGGUUUUCCUCUGAGGACAAAGCUGGAGUAUGUUUUACUCAAAGCGACGGCACUGCAGUAUUAGACCUGAUGUCUUGUUUGGAGCUUUCUUUUUUUUUCUUUUUUUUUCUCCUUUUGUCUGUGAAUAUGAAUUGUAAAUAGGCUUCAAAUGUACGAUAUAUAAAUAUAUAUAUGCUUUUGUAGGUCACAUACUGUUUUUGCACAGAUUGUAAGGCUUGAUAUUUAAAAGUGUAAUUUUCUUAAUCCGUCAUAGGUCAGCUUUUAUUUUCAGUACUUUAACCAUCGGUUGGAGAGGAAGGGCCUCCUUUUUUCUAAAGCAGUACGUGUAGAUUUUUUUUCUUUUCUUUCUCUCGGAAAGCCCUGUGUGGUGCUGGUCUUAGCUAAAGAGGUGCUAGUGUGUAAUUCUUUUUUUUAAAUAAAUUAUUUUUCUUUUGACGAUAAAAAGAAAACACAAAAUCUAAAAAAAAAAAAUUUAAAAAAGAGUUGACACAUGAUUGUGUUAGCCUUCUAGGGGCCCAGAUGUCUUAUGAGUACGUGGGGUUGAUAUUUUUCCGAAGCGAACCUCAUGCUUCCACGUGUGACUCUUUUCCGUUUCACUCCUGAGAAUUUCUGUGGAUUUUCUUGUGCAGGAAAGUCAGUCCCGCUGUAUAACUGUCCAUCAGUUUGUUCGGUUUGUCCUCAUGGGAGCAACACAAUAAACAGUUUAAGCCCCUAAGUACUUGUCAGUCUUCUGGCAGGUGGCUUUUUUUUUCUUUUUCUUUUUUUGCAUUUAAGUUUGCCUUUAUUUUGUUUCCUGUGAAGCUUUUGUUAAGAAAUCUACCUUGGGGCACACGCUCAAUCCAAAGAUUUUUGUUUGUCAUUCUGCAGUGCGUAGAAACAGUUCCUGACGUAGAUCGUGCGAGUACUCAUGUGUGCUUUUACUGUUGCACAUAACCUAUAAUAUACAUUGAACUAAAUAUGUUUAAUUGCAUAUAUUAUAUCCCCAUCCGUAUGACAUAGAGUAGCCAUGAGUCUGGUUCUGCUGAGGUGGUUUGACUCCUUCUUUCGUUUGUGAUUGUUUCUUCCUUUCUAUAGAACUUAACGGCCAGUUGAAUUGUGGUGCUGCAAACGGUUAUUUCACACGAGAAUGUCGAGUUUUUCCAAGCUGGGGAAGGAGGUUUCAUGAUUGAUGUCAUUAUGUCUCAGAAUAAUAGCUUGGAGUUGUUGGGUUUUUGUUUUGUUCUAACCCCAGUCUCAAUGAAGAAUAUGUAAGUUUAAUCUACAAAUGUUGAAAAAAAAAAAAAAAGUCUGUUUUUGCUUUAAAGGAAAGAAACUCCUCUCUGGCGCAUCGUCGGCGCUAAAGAAUAGAUAAAACACAUCUGGGAAACAUAACGUCAUUAUUACAGGUUGUAAAAUACUCUUGCAUUUCUUUUUCUUACCUUGUUUCUUGAUGUUAAUAUCGAUGUAAAUACAAAUUUAUAUUUAAACAUUAAAA